AAUAGCAGUGGAGGGAGGUAGGCCGGGCCUUGCUUCCCUGUGCAGCCUGUGAAUGGUUGCCCCCGGCAACCCAUAGACUCCUAUUGCUACUGGUGGGGGAGACUUUAUUGUACGUGGCCACAGUGCCCUGGAAAUGCAGCAGGUGUCUGUGGGAUCCUGGGAAUAUCCUCCGCUCUCCUGAGAUCGCCCCAGACCGCGGUGACGUAUUUUUAUACUCCUUAGAAUCACAUUAUAAAUGACACCAGACUAACAUCACCUCCAGGGAUGGAGAAGUACGAGAAGUUGGCCAAGAUCGGUGAAGGAUCAUAUGGGGUCGUCUUCAAGUGUCGGAAUAAGGAGACAGGACAAGUGGUGGCCAUCAAGAAGUUUGUGGAGUCAGAGGACGACCCCGUCAUCAAAAAGAUUGCGCUACGUGAGAUACGGAUGUUAAAGCAACUGAAGCACAGUAACCUGGUGAACCUGCUGGAGGUCUUCCGCAGGAAGAGGAAGCUACAUUUGGUCUUUGAAUACUGUGACCACACUGUCCUCAAUGAGCUGGAGAAACACCCCAAUGGAGUCCCCGAGAUGAUGACAAAAAACAUUGUGCAGCAAAUCCUGCAGGCGGUGAACUUCUGCCAUAGGAACAAUUGUAUUCACCGAGACGUAAAGCCGGAGAACAUUCUUCUCACCAAACAAGGGGUCAUAAAGCUCUGUGACUUUGGCUUCGCCCGAAUACUUACUCGCCCGGGAGAUGAUUACACGGAUUAUGUGGCUACUCGAUGGUAUCGGGCCCCGGAGCUGUUGGUGGGGGACACACAGUAUGGGGCAGCGGUGGAUGUGUGGGCCAUAGGUUGCGUCUUCGCUGAACUGCUGACCGGACAGCCGCUGUGGCCAGGGAAAUCAGACAUGGAUCAACUCUACCUCAUCAUCAGAACCCUGGGAAAUCUGAUCCCGAGACACCAGUACAUCUUCCACAGUAACCAGUUUUUCCAUGGUGCCAGUAUUCCUGAGCCGGACCCCGAUGAUGUGGAAACUUUGGAAGAAAAAUUCCCAAAUAUUCAGCCCAUGGCUAUGACGUUCAUGAAGGGCUGUCUUCGCAUGAAUCCCGAUGAUCGCCUCACCUGUGAGCAGCUCCUCGAAAGCGCUUACCUUAACCCCGCCCGCGAGGAGCCGGAGAAGAGGAAAGGCAAAGGGAGACGAAGACAGACUCAGUUGCUGCCGCAGAUUCCGGGGAACGGUGCCUCACCUGCUCCAGAGGGCAAGAACAAGCCUCGGGCUCAGAAAUUCGACCACUUCCCCAAUAUUUAACUCUUGAGAGGACCUCAGUGCAAGAGAACGGCUCAGGGAGGGGUUGUCCGUGUUAGGACAUCACGACUGCGGGACAAAAUAAAAAAGUCACAAAACAGUGGGGUCUCCUGUAUGUGACAACUCAAUACUUCAUCCUAUACUAAGCAACAUAUGGAGCUGUGUACCCAGAGACCCCCAAAUCCUCAGCGGAGGACGGCGAGAGGGAAUGGAGCCUGAGAGAAUGCAGAUAGUGUGACUAGACCAGUGCUUCCUAAACAGGGU